ACGAAUGAGUUGAAAAAAUUCUGAUAUAAUGCAAAAUGGCAGGAUCAGCCUUAAGAAGGUUGAUGGCAGAAUACAAGCAAUUGACACUAAAUCCACCUGAAGGAAUUAUAGCCGGACCUGUCAAUGAGGAGAAUUUCUUUGAAUGGGAAGCUCUUAUUAUGGGACCAGAAAAUACGUGUUUUGAGGGAGGAGUGUUUCCCGCCAGACUAGCAUUCCCACCAGAUUAUCCUCUGAAUCCUCCUAAGAUGAAGUUUACCUGUGAAUUAUUUCAUCCAAAUAUAUAUCCUGAUGGUAGAGUAUGCAUAUCUAUACUACAUGCUCCUGGAGAUGAUCCAAUGGGAUAUGAAUCUAGUGCCGAACGAUGGAGUCCUGUACAGAGUGUGGAAAAAAUAUUACUAUCUGUCCUCAGCAUGUUGGCAGAACCAAAUGAUGAAAGUGCUGCUAAUGUAGAUGCUGCUAAAACAUGGAGAGAAAAUAGGAUGAAAUUUGAAGAAAUUGCUGCAAAAACUGUUCGCAAAUCUUUAGGGAUAUAGUGCAUUCUAAAUUAUAACUU